AUGGCAGAGAUAGUCGGCCUUGCAGCGAGCAUCGUCCAGCUCGGCGGCGCUGGAAUAGAGCUGUCCAAGUCCCUUUACACAUUCGUGAGCUCAGCUGUGCGGGCAGAAAGCGAGAUCAGCGAUCUCGCCGGAGAUGUCAAACUAACCUGCAGUGCAUUGGAGCGAGUCGGACAGACGUUGAAGUCAGAGGACACCAAGUCAGCUCUGACUCAAAGAGCCGUCAGCGAUGCAGCAGAAAUCAAGCAAAGAUGCGAGUCCGUGUUCGCUGAAAUCUCGGGAAUUAUUGAGAAAAGAUGGAAGGUCGAUGGCAAUGGAAAACGAAACCUGAGUCUACUGGGCAAGGCGAGCUGGCCCCUAAAGGAGCAGAAAGUAGAACUACUGCGCAGGAGACUCGACAGUCUCAAGUUCAGUUUAUCGCUCCUGCUCAGUGUACUCCAACUCGCACACGAGCAGGCAAGAGGAAAGCUAGAUGCCGACCUCGAGAAAGAGCGUUACACGGUUCGCGAGCUACACAAGCAGCGUCAGAGAGCUCUCCAACGUGAGCAGGCUCUCGAAGAGAAGCUCAAACGACUGGAACUUCAUCAAGAUGUCACCGCGUCCGCAACGACUGUUGCUGCGCCCCUACAGUCUGCUGCGCCCACGAUCGCGAACAUUGCGACGAACGUCAUAGUGUCGCACCCCCAGGUCACUGCGAACGAUGCCGCAAUGAUUGGGAUACAUAGUACCGACUCAGACACCUCUGAUGCGGACGCGACAUCGACGGAUGACAAAGGGGAGCAUUUCACGCUCGCUGAGCUUGCACUGUGCGCUUCACAUAUUGAAGAUCUCCUCAAGCGGAUCACGGAUCUACAAAAGGGGCUCCAGACGGGCCAGCUUGUCAAGCAUCAUCGCAAGAGGCGGAUGCAUAAGACUUAUCUACGAAUCUGCCGCAAGAUUGAGUCAAACUUCCUUGUGACCUCCACUUCCUCACCAACAGCACCUCUACCACCGAGCCGAGCAAACAAUCAUCGUUUCCCGCCCAAGUUGAUAGUUAAGCCGGACCGCAUCAACUGCGGAACUGGCGCCCUCCCAGACCGCGUCGAUCUGGGGACGAUCAAGCCAACGUUUCCUUUACAAAUUCACCUGGCUUUCGACCUGGAGUAG